AUGGCGACAAACGAGGACCAAAACAAGGCCCCGGUAGACCAAGUCGAACACGCACCCGCCCACCAAGAAACGAUCACCCACCGCCGCGAUGCCGCCGCAGAGCUGCUAGGCAAAUCAAGCGCCUCGCCAGAGGACCGCGUAGUCGUCACGCCCGCAGACAACACCCGCGUCCUGCGCAGGAUCGACCUCGUUAUCCUUCCCCUGAUGCUCUUCGUCUACUUCCUCCAGGGCAUCGACAAGUCCACCCUCGCCUACGCCUCCGUCUUUGGCCUCAUCGAGGAUACCGGGCUCGUCGGGGACCAAUACUCGUGGCUCGGGUCCGUCGUCUACCUCGCUCAACUGGUGAUGCAAUUCCCGCUCGCAUGGCUGCUGGUCAAGUUGCCCGUUGGCAAAUUCACCAGCUGCAUGGUUGCCUUUUGGGGCAUCACUCUUUCUUGCAUGGCGGCGGCGCAUAACUUUGGUGGGCUUUUGGCUGCAAGACUCUUUCUUGGGGCGUUCGAGUCUAGUGUUGCACCGGCGUUUGUGGGUAUUACGCAAAUGUGGUGGCGGCGACGUGAGCAGACGCUGAGAAUUAGCUACUGGUAUGCCAUGAACGGCUUCACCAACAUGUUUGGUAGUCUCAUUACCUACGGCCUCGGACACAUCUCCUCUCCCCUCAAGGAGUACCAAAUCAUCUUCAUCUUUUUCGGUAUCAUCACUGUGGUCUUUUCCGUUAUCAUGUUUCUCUACAUGCCCGAUUCUCCCGUCGAGGCCAAGUUCCUCAACGAUCAUGACAAGCUAAUUGCCAUUGAGCGUCUCCGCAUGAACCAACAGGGUGUCUUGUCCCGUGAGUGGCGAUGGGAUCAUUUCAGAGAGAGCAUGUUGGAUAUCAAGACGUGGUGCUGGUUCUCACUCGUCUUUUCCAUCUCAAUCCCGUCUGGUGGAAUCUCCACAUUCGGCCCUCUUAUCAUCAAGUCCUUUGGCUUUGACUCCUUCCAGACCAUCCUCUUCAACAUUCCCUUUGGCUUCGUCCAGCUCGUCGCCACAGUCGGAGGCUCGUGGAUAGCUACCAAGAUCCAUAAGAAGGGCCCAGUCAUUGCCGGACUUUGCGUCCCGCCCAUCGCUGGCUGCGUCAUGUUAAUGGUCCUUCCCACUAGCGGUCAGCAAGCCGCUCGACUAGUGGGAUACUAUCUCAUCUCUGUCUAUCCGGGAAUCACACCCCUCAUCUACUCCUGGUCAGCCGCAAACACAGCCGGCGACACCAAGCGAAAGUGCACAUCUGCCGUCCUCUUCAUUGGCCAAUCAGUUGGCAACGUCGUUGGGCCGUUGCUCUACAAGCCCGCUGAAGCACCCAGAUACACCCGCGGCCUGACGUCCAAUCUCGUUCUCUACUGCGUCAUUGUCGUGCUUGUCGUCCUCGUCAGCCUAUAUCUCGCCUUCCUCAACCGCUCACACAGCAAGCGCCGUGUGGCCAUGGGAAAGAGCGCCGUCAUCAUCGACACGAGUUUGUUUUCCGCGGCCGAGGCUGAGAAGGCCAAGCAAGAGCAGGCUGCGCAGAUAGCUGGGGAUAAUGGGCACGAGAUGGCUGCCGCCGGGGAGGAGCAGGCUGAGGAGAAUGUUGGUGCGAGAGCGUUCGACAAUUUGACGGAUUUGGAGAAUGAAGACAACCCCCGUCUCGGCUUGCUGAUCCUUGAGAUGGGACAGAAGCUCUCUAGCUGCGGCGGCGGCGGCAACGGCAACGCCGUGCCCGUGCGACAGCUACUCGAGGCGGCGAAGACCAUGGGCCAGGUCAAGAGCAUCCUCCUGGCCACCUUCAAGGCCAACUCACAGGCGCUCAAGUUCCUGCCCGACGCCGACAGCAUCUACGACGCGACGCUGUUCGUGGAGAUGGGCGUCGACAGCCUGGUCGCCGUCAAGAUGCGCUCGUGGUUCCUCAAGGAGCUGGGCGUAGACGUGCCGGUCAUGACGAUCCCGGGCGGCGCGUCUAUUGCGGACCUUGUGCGUCUCGUGGUCGAUAAGCUGCCGGCGGAGCUGCUGGAGCGUGUCGGUGGUCGUCCUGCCCCGACAUCCUCGGGCGUAACGACGGAUGAGCUGGUCAAGGAGUCCACAGAGACGUCGUCCAGCAACGAGAGUGGAGCGGGAGUGUUGAUGGGCUGGAUGCAGCUUCCUCGUCUGUCUGAAUGCACAAGUAUGCAGCCUCAAGAACAGCUUCAAGAGACCGAACUGAACGUACAACUGAGCCCAUGCCGUGAGGGCAUUGGUUACUGCUUCAAGGAAAACUACUAA